AUGGCUCCAACAACUAAGAAAAAUAACAAGCGUUCUUCACCUCAAUCUUCCAAGCCAGCUGCUAAAAAAGCUAAAAUCCCAGUUGAAUCUUCAUCUGAGGACGAUGAGCUUGAUAAUGUCAGUUCAUCUGAUGAUGAUUUAGAUGAAAUUGUUUCUGAUGACAGUGACAGUCAAUCCAUGUCUGAACAAGAAGAAGAUGAUGAUAAUGAUGAAGAAUCUACUGAACCUAAGAAAGAAGGUGAAGGUUCUGAUAACCAUACUGAGCAAAGAAAACUUCUAAAGGAGAGAAAACUUCAAAGAAGAUCAGGUUCUGAAAUUCAACAAAUUAAAAAUGUCUGGGAAAGAUUACGUGUAAAGUCUCCACCUCUACCAAAGGAAAUCCGUGAGAAAUUAUGUAAUGAAAUAUGGGAACUUUCCAAAGAACAUUUUAGUGAUUUAAUUCUAAAGCAUGAUGCAUCUCGUAUUGUUCAAACUUUGAUUAAAUAUUCCUCAAAAGAACGUCGUGAAGAGAUUAUUAACGCUUUGAAAGGUAAGUACUACGUUUUGGCAACUUCUUCCUAUGGUAAAUAUCUUUUAGUUAAAUUAUUACAUUAUGGUACUAAGAAUUCUAGACAAGUGAUAAUUAAUGAAUUACAUGGUAACUUGAGAAAAUUAAUGAGACAUAGAGAAGGUGCCUACGUUGUGGAAGAUUUAUAUGUCCUAUAUGCCACUUCUGAGCAAAGAAAUCAAAUGAUCAGAGAAUUUUGGGGUUCCGAAUAUGCAGUCUUCAGAGAUGACCAUAAGGACUUGAAAAUUGAAGAUAUUUGUAACAGCAGUGUUGAAAAGAGAAGUAUCAUUUCAAAAAAUCUUUUAGGUACAAUUUCUGCCUCUGUUGAAAAGGGUUCUACUGGUUUCCAGAUUUUACAUGCAGCCAUGAGAGAAUUUGUUAAAAUUGCAGAUGAUUCACAAAUCAGUGAAAUGAUUGAAUUAUUACAUGAACAGUUUGCUGAGUUAGUUCACACACCAGAAGGUGCUGAUGUCGCAUGCACCUUAAUUUCAAAGGCUUCUGCUAAGGAAAGAAAGUUGAUUUUAAGAUCAUUAAAGGAACAUGCUGAUAAGUUGAUUCCAAACGAACAUGGUCACAUGGUUUUCAUUAACAUCUUAAUGGUUGUUGAUGAUACUGUUCUUGUUUUCAAGACAUUUGGUGCUGCAAUUAAGGAUGCUUUUGCCGAUUUUGCUACAGACAAAUAUGGUAGAAGACCAUUGAUUUAUUUAUUAAUGGGUCUAAAUGGUAAAUAUUUCUCACCAAUUAUUAAAAAGGAAUUAGAACGUUACUUUGAAAUGGCCUCUAAGACUUCUAAGAAGGAUCCAGUCGUCAGAAAACAAGAAUUAGUAGCAAAAUUUUCCAACAUUUUAUUGAAUGGUGUAGGUACUAAAUAUGCUACUAUUCUCCCAGAUAAUAUUGGUUCUCAAUUUUUCUCAGAGUUAUUAACAUGUGAUGAAUUUUAUGCUCAAUUAGAUGAAAAAAAUGUCGCCAAGUAUGAAGAAAUCUUAAAUAGUGUUACUGUUUACUUCAAGGGUGACGUUACAGAAAAGAAACACCCUGUACAUGAUGCGUUCUCUACUAGAUUUUUGAAAAGUUUGAUCAGUGGCGGUAAAUGGGACAGCAAAGAAAGGAAGGUCAUUCCAUUCGAACAUAUUAAGGGGUUGGGUGUACCAUUUGCUACUAAAUUUUACGAUGAAAUAAUUGACUCAACCAAUCUUCUUGUAUGGAUCAAUGAAAAAGAUUGCUCUUUCACAAUUGUAGCAUUGUACGAAACUUUAAACAACACCGAAGAGGGUAAGCAAUUCAUAAAGGAUCUGAAGUCUGUUAAGAAGAACAUAAACGUUGAUUCUUCUAACAAGGGUGCUCAAUUGCUACUAAAACUGAUGAAAUGA